GUCUACCCCCUCUCCCUUAAUGUAGAUAAUAUCGUUUGUUAAUAAUAAAAAAAAGAAUAUGUACUAAGUGAAAAAGAAUAUCGUUUGUUAACAAUUCUUUCUAACUUACAACUGAAAAAGAAUGUCACUACACAGUAGUACUAAGUGACAACUAUUUCUUCUUUUUGAUUUGCUGGUAAGAAUUUUAUAGUACGGCUAUAUAACUUUUGUAUCAUUGUGAUGGUGGUGUCAAGUCUAUGUAAAUUUUAGAGAGCAACACGUUGUAAUCUAAUAAUGCAUUGCGAAGAAAAAUUUAAAAAACGACAAUAUAUUAUUGAACGUGAUACGUCGCGUGAUUGUUUGUGAACAUGUUUUUUUCCAAAAAAAAACAUGAUUCUUAUUUACCACACACACCCUACCUUUGCAAAAGCAAUUUACCUCACAAAAAUGCAACAUCAAUUUCCCUGCUACAUUGUCUUCUUCUCCUAAACUCGAGAUUUUUCUCUCUUUUACCUUUAUUACUAGCCUUUAUGGAUGUGUUUUUGAAUCACGGCGUGCUACACAUGAUUUACACGUUUUAAAUGUAUUCAUAUGCGUAAAUUACCAAAAGAAAAGUUAAAUAUUUGAAGUAAAUGAAUAACCUUAGAUCAUGCUAGAAGAAACCCCUCAUAAACCAAUUAAAACAGCUGAAUCUACAUAACAAAUUGGUCUCUAUAGAAUUUACAUUAAGAAUAGAGAAAAUAAUAUUUAAUAAACAAUUAAUUGAAUUACAUUAUUGCUAACCCAUUGUGAGACUAAGCCGACCCCUAUCUCCCUUAGUGUAGAUAAUAUCGUUUGUUAAUAAUAAUAAAAAAAAAAAGAAUAUGUACUAAGUAUGACAAAGAAGCAAGACGUCUGAAAAUAACAGUGGUUGAUUAGCUAAAUUUUUUAUUUUAUUUCAUUGAACAUCGACAGUACGCGAUUCUAACAGAAGCAAGACGUCUGAAAAUUCAAACAUCAGUUAGUACUUUUGGAUGAUAGCCUUCUUGGAUUGUUUCACUAGCUUAUUUUAAAUGUUUCAUCGUGGAUCAUCAGGUGGGACAUAUCUGCUAUGGUUCAUCUUCUUGAGCAGUACAUGAAAGUCUGUUAUCAAGCAUUGUUGGAUCUCUACGCUGAAAUUGAGGAAAAGCUUGGAAACGAGGGAAACUCAUAUCGCAUCCACUACGCGAGAGAAGCAAUGAAAAUCCAAGUUAAAUCUUACUUCAAGGAAGCGAAAUGGUUCUAUGAUAACUACACACCAACCAUGGAUGAAUAUUUGUCAGAAGCACUUAAUACAGCCUACUCCAUGUUAGCAACCACAUCCUUUGUUGGAAUGGGAAGCGUUGUUACAAAAGACUCCUUGGAUUGGGUGUUUAGUGACCCUAAGAUUGUAAAGGCAACAUCAUUAAUUUGUAGACUCGUGGAUGAUAUGAAGUCUCGCAAGUUUGAGCAGAAGAGAGGGCAUGUUGCCUCAUCUGUGGAAUGCUACAUGAAAGAACAUAAUGCCACAGAGGAACAAGCAAUAAUCGAACUAAGCAAGCAAGUGAAUAAUGCAUGGAAGGACGUAAACGAAACGUGCCACCGCCCUACCAUUUUCCUCAUGCAGCUAAUACUACGAAUUGUCAAUUUUGCACGAAUGAUUGAAGUUAUAUACAAACAUGACGAUGGCUUUACUCAUGCUGGAAUCUUUCUCAAGGAUAUUGUGAUUUCAUUCUUUGUCGAAGCCGUGCCUCUUUAGGCCUUCAAUUUGGACUAGUUGUUCUCUUUACUAAAUUCAAUAAUAAGGCAUCACCAUUGGCCAACAAAAUACGAAUGAGCCAGUCUUUGUACUGGUCUUUCGUUGAAACCAUGUUUUAAUAUAUUUGUUUGAAUUGUUUGCUU